AUGGCAGUGGCAGACGGUGCAAUGGCUGAGGCCAUCCGCGUGUCAAACUUGGCCGGUGCGUUGCUGUUGCAGAUGGAGCCGCCCAAGACGUUGGAAGAGGUGAGGCUUGAGGUGGAGCUGGCGAGUGGAAUCCCGAGCAAACUGCAGAGUUUGGUGCAAGGAGGUGAGAUCUUGGAUGGGGGCGAGCUCACCAGCGGCUGCGAGCUGAUAUGCGUGACAGAUGAGAGGCCCUUGUACACCUGGGAUUGGAAGGGAAACCCCGACGCGGGACACCUGCAGAUCGAGGGCAGUGUGCUGAAAGCACCGUCUCUACAGACGGACUAUGUGAACGUGGUGACCCAGGAGCCCCUGCGCAGCGGCGUUCACUACUUCGAGUUCGUUUUGCACAUGGUGGGCGACGAGCAGUGGUGUGGCGUCACUCGCUCGCGCGGUGCGGCGGGCAAACACGUCUCGGUUCGCAGACGCGAAGCGGAGGCAUGGACCUACUACUGCGGUCGACGCCGCAGCCGAGAGGGGACCAUCCGCGAUGGCAAGGGCGCCCUCCAUGCGCAUGGGAAAGCCAUCAAGGAAUUUGAGAAAGCCUGCAGUGAGGGAGAUGUGAUCAACAUGCUGGUAGACAUGGACAAGCGCAUUGUGGCCUUUGCCAAGGACAGCCGGGUACAGGGAGCCUUCAAAGUACCUGGCACCGAGCCAUUAUACGUCCUCACGCAGGUCGACACGAUCGUGGACCACGUCGAGUUGCGCAAGCGCCCGUUGGAGGACUGUGCACGUGGUCUUUUGGAAGCCUUGGGCGGUGAACUGAUGGACCUAGAGGAGGGUGACGAAGUAGAUGAAGGAUGGGGCAUUCAGAAAGCUUCUACAGUGGUGCGCCAUGGCGAAAAGCACCAAGAAGGGUAUGGCUCCAACACGUGGCCGGACGGCACUGUGUAUCUGGGCUCCUGGCGGCAAAACUGCCCCAACGGCCCGGGAGAGUACUCUCUCAACGGAGGUACCAACUUCAAAGGCCAGUGGGAGAAGUCCGCGCCCCACGGCAUGGGCAGAUACCGGUGGCCCGAUGGGAAGACGUACUGUGGGAAGUACCGCUUCGACCAGAAGGACGGCUUCGGCAUUCUCACUGAAGCUAAUGGCACGGUGCAUGAGGGGUUUUGGUCGAAUGGCCAGCUUUUGGAGUGA